UUGUCCAACAUGGCGGCCUCCAUGGCGCGGAGUUGCCGUUAUGCAUCGCGGCAUGGACUUUGUUUUGUACCCAGACUGAUAAGUCUUUCCCACACACUUAAGUCUAAGUUUCACUUUUCCUCUUCUGUACGUACUGGGCUACUGUUUUCUCUAAAUAAACGCGGUAUCUUGAAGGAGUCUUUCCCAGAUAACGCAGCUCAGGACCAGCUCCCAAAGCUACUCCAGUCCGGUGCUCAGACUGUUUACUGCGGCUUUGACCCCACAGCCGACAGCCUCCAUGUGGGAAACUUGCUCGCUAUCAUCGGCCUGCUUCACUUCCGUAACGCCGGGCACCACGUACUCGCUGUGCUCGGAGGGGCCACGGCUCAGAUCGGGGACCCGAGCGGCAAAACCAGAGAGAGGGAGCGGCUUUCCCCGGACACUGUGGCGGUGAACACCCGCAGCAUCCGGGAGAGCCUUCACAGGAUUUUUACCAACCACGAACUGCACUUUAACGACAGCUCAAAGAAGCUGGGGACGUUUACUGUACUGAACAACAUCAGCUGGUAUAAGAACUGCAGCGUGGUGGGCUUCCUAGCAGAGAAUGGGAGACACUUCAGGAUGGGAACCAUGCUGAGCCGGCACAGUGUGCAGUCCAGGUUGAAGAGUACAGACGGUAUGAGCCUGACUGAGUUCACUUACCAGGUGUUCCAGGCUUAUGACUUCCACCACUUGAACCAAGUGUACGGCUGCAGGAUCCAGUUAGGGGGCACGGACCAGCUGGGCAAUCUGAUGUCCGGCCAUGACUUCAUUCAAAAAGUAAGCGGCGAGGCGGUGUAUGGCCUGACCAUGCCACUGGUGACCAGUUCUGUAGGAGACAAGCUGGGGAAGACAGAAGGCAACGCUGUGUGGCUUAACAGAGACAAGACGUCUCCUUUUGAGCUCUAUCAGUUCUUCCUCCGACAGCCUGACGCCAGUGUGGAGGGAUAUCUGAAGCUGUUCACCUUCAUUCCUCAAGCAGAGAUUGAGAGGUUGAUGGAGCAGCAGAGAGAGGAGCCAGGUAAAAGGGUCGCACACAAACGGCUGGCUGCAGAGGUGACAAAACUGGUGCAUGGAAAGGAAGGUCUCGAGAGCGCAAAAAGGUGUACCAAAGCUCUGUACCACAGCAGCGUGCAGGCUUUGGAGGAAAUGAGUGACGAGGAGCUGCAGGAGCUCUUCAGAGAAGCUCCCUUUCAUGAGCUGCUGCUGGAACCUGGAACCACGGUUUUAGAUGCAUGCCGCAGGGUCAACGCCAUCCCAGAGGGACCCAAAGGGUAUCGGAUGGUUUCAGAAGGAGCUGUAUGGAUUAACCACAGUCGAACUGACAAUCCAGAGCAAGUGCUGAUACCAAAAAUCCACAUCCUUUCCAACGGACUGACUUUACUCCGAGUGGGGAAGAGGAAUUUUUCUAUCAUCAAGUGGCUUAGUCUCUGAGGCUGACUGCUUCUGCAAUGGACCAGUUUGACCUUUGAUGGACUGACAGGGAAGGUAGGGGACUACACCUUUACAGGGUCAUUGAGGAGAUGUGGAUGGACUAAUGAUUUGGAACCUGCCCUAAGCCCUCAUUGAUUGCCUGUAGUUGUCAAACAAAUAUUUAUAUGUACAGAUGUGGAAUUUAUCCAAAGCCAUUAUAUUAAAAGCAUCUGAUAAAAAGAUAGUACCU